AUGGCCUUCAUAGCUCUAUAUUCACUAGCUCUUUCUUCUACUAUAUUCUUGUUAUUCAAUUACUCGAUGGAAUUUGUGAUUAAUGAUAAUGCUAAUAAGAUCAUGAAAAAGGUCAUGCCCGAUCUCACUUCUUUCAACACGGCCGAUCCGAACAAUAUUACACCCGAAACUGCAGCCUUCCUCGCCUACAAAAUUAUUAGCCUUGUGAGAGAAUAUUCCGCUCUUAUAUUCGCAGUUCAAAUUCCUUUUCUUUUCGUCCUUUUCAUAAUCUUCUUCUUCUCUUCCAUCUCAACCAUUCUAGUAUCUUCCAUUUCGUAUAGCUCCAAGAAAUCGUCUCUAAACGAAGUUUUCUCGAUAAUCUUGAAUAUAUGGAAAGGGCCUAUGGUAACUGUUCUAUACGUAUCGGCUCUUGCAACGGGCUACGCUUUAUUCGUUUUUACGUGGGCCGCCCCUCUACUAUUGUAUCCUAGUAUUAUAACCUAUUGUUUGGCAACUUUGGUCGCGGUUUUUGCGUUAUUUUUGUACUCGUACUUGUUUGUUUCGUGGGCAAUGGCGAUUGUGGUUUCAGUUUUGGAAGAGGGUUGCUUCGGUUUGGAGGCUUUGGGGAGAGGUGAAAAAUUGGUUAGUGGGAAGAAGUUGGAUGGUUUCUUGAUUAAUGUUGGUUUUAAUGUUGUGUGUUCGAUUGUUUUUUGGGGUUGUAAUAAGAUGGUUUUUGUGGUGGGUGUUUCUUGUUUGGGGAAGAUUUUAACGGAUGUCGUGUAUACGGUUUUGUACUUGCGGUGUAGAGUCGAGAAUGGUGAGGAGAUCGAGUUGCGUCGGGGUGUUGAUUACAGUAAACUGCCGACUAAUGCACAGUUGGGCAAUGAGAUGGCUUAG